AUGCGAUCUUUCGCCAAUUUUGCCGCUCUCUCGGCCAUCCUGCUGCAGGUAGUCCCUGCCCUUGCAGCUCCCGCCCCGGGUGGUGCUAGGGGUGGUGGUGAUGAGUGGAGCAAUGAUGGAUUCUGGGCAGGCGCAGGCCACAAAGGCGACGUCGACCUCGGCAAUGAAAACACUGGCCAUGGUCCUGGAGGCCAUGGCGGGUUCGACAACACCCACUGCGGCAAUCACAUCAAAGAUCUUGGCAAUAUCCAAGCGACGAUCACUGCCACAGUGACCGUUACUACCGAUAAUGACCACAAUGGCUCAGCUACUGUCACUCAAACGAUCAGUGCCUGCACAUCGACUGUCACUACCACUACCGGCAACAAUGGCGGUGGAUCGACCGUCACGAAGACAGAUACCCUGAUCUCGACGAUUAGCAGGUGCACCGCCACGACCACUGCCCUCACCACUGUUACAACAAAUGGUCCCACUGUAACUGUCACAACCAACGGCCCAGUCUCAACCACAACCGAAACCAUUGGCGCUAUCACCGUCACCGAUCCCGGAGUGACCGAAACGCAGACAGUCACCCAGACCAUCACCGACACAACCACCUUCACUGAGAACCAGGUCGUGACGGAGUUCUCCACCGUGACAACCACAAACACUUUUACCCUCGAGGUUACUACCACUGUGACUUCGGAUGAUUGUAACAACACUGGCAACCCCAACCCCUCUGGCUCCCUUGACUAUGGAACCUGCUCGGACCCGACUAUCAAAUGGGAGUACGGUCUUGAUGGCCGCACGGAGUGGGCGUUUACGACCAACAAUCAGAAAGACUUCCCCUUCGGCUCGUCCCCAACUGUUGGUGCCCCAACCGACCUGAUUUGCAACCGUCUGCGCAGCCCUUGUAAUGCUCCCCAGGCUACGAUUGACCAGUGUUAUGCGGCGGAGAGGGCAGUGGCGAAUUUGACUGGAGAGGAGGCUGUGAAUGUUUGGAACUCCAUGAUGACCUAA